AUGUUCCAAUACGAUGCCCUGGUUAAACUGUGGGAGACUUAUAGCCUUGAGCCCUCACCUAGGCUAAAGUCAUCUCUUGUUCAAAUCUAUGUGGAACUGUUUCGAUUCUUGAAGACUGUCGUUAGGAUCUUCACCAGAGAAAACAAUUCGAAUCGGCACAAACUUCUCGUAGCAGCCAAGCUCGGUUGGCGCCCUUUUGACGCAAGAUUCCAGGAGUUUCGAGACCAUCUACUGAUCCAUCGUGACAUAAUCGAAAAGGAGAUACUACUGGUGACGGUUGACAAGACCUUGAAGCUCGGUGCUACUGUAACCGGCAGUCUCCUCCUGAACGGAGAAGAUAAGAGGCUGUUACGAGAGGCAGUGGCGAGGAUGGAAGAAUGCUGCAAAGCAAGUGGAGACCGCCAUAAAGAUGAGGCUUUCUCGCGUGCACUCGACUGGCUCUCGGCUACGGAUUUCGACCUCGAAUUCGAGAUAGCUUCCCAGAAACGGACACCAAACACAGCACGAUGGCUGUUUGAGACUGGGCGUUUUCACGAGUGGGUAUCAACCCAAUCUACGAGGCCGCCUCGGAGACCAGGCCAAUUUGAUGACAAUGUACUCUGGGUCCACGGCAAUCCGGGGUGUUGUAAGACGAUUCUUGCCUACUCCAGCAUUGAAGAGCUAAAAACACGCGGCGCUGUCUCAUACUUCUUUUUCAGAUUGGACGAGAAAGGGAAGAAUGGUGCUUUUGAUGCCUACCGAGCUCUUCUCUCACAAAAUCUCUCGCCACAAAAGAACAACGCAAACCUGCUCGACAAGUUUCUAUUCAUCAUGCAUGAACCUACAGGGGGCCGGCAAGUCUCUUCGAGGAAGCGGCUCCUGGAACUUCUUGAGAUCUGUCUCUCCUUAAGGAAAUCUACAGCGCCCUACAUAGUCCUCGAUGGGAUCGAUGAAUGUCAACAAAACAAGUCAGACAUACGCAUAUAUCUCGACAACGAGUUUCCAAAGCUCAAACGCAAGUUCUCACAGGAUACCAACCUCACUAAGCUAGUCAAUCACCUAGUGAAAGGCGCCGAUGGCAUGUUUCUAUGGGCUUUUCUCAUGAUCGCUUACCUCAACGGGGCAUCCUCCCUAACCCCCUCUCAGCGGGUCGGGAUUAUUUUGAAUAUUACCUUCCCAGAGCGCCUGGAGGAUAUGUAUCAACGGAUCAUGACACGAAUUCGCAGUCGCUACGAGGACGAUCGGAAAUUCACACGCUUUAUCAUUACUUGGCUCCUGUAUUCAAGAGUUGCGCUCACUACUAACGCAAUGAAAGAUUCCGUGGCAAUCUGGUCUGUUGAGGCUUUUGAACUACUGAAUCAGGCGUAUCAAAAGGACGAAGCUCGAGGAUUUCGCUUCAUUCAUCAGUCUGUCAAGGAGUUCAUUCUGGCAUCUUCCGGCAAUAACCCAUUGUAUACCACGCCGAUUGAUGCGCACUACACCAUAUUUCGGGUAUGUCUGGAAUACAUCAUGACGAGGUUUCCCGACAGGUCGCUCAGUGGAAGGGUUGGAGAGGACGCCUGCCCCAACGAGGUGAUCGACAAGUUGCCGCUGUCCCAGUACGCCGCUAGGAACUGGAUGAGUCAUCUAUGCAACGUCAAGAUGAGCAAGUCUAAAAACAAGUCACACACCGAAUGCCUUUCAACCGAGCAUUGGUCUCAUUUGUUGGCUCUGCUACUUGGAUUUCUGUCCGAAAACGCCAUCCUCAAGACAUAG